CAGGGACAACAGAGACUGUCACCCAUGUUGAGCCAUUAUUAGACAAAACAAAACUUGAGAAGGAGUGGAAAGGGGUUUAUGGGAUGGUAAAAGGCACAUAUAGGAACAUUUCCCUCAGUGACCUGUGCCAAAGAUUAUGUGUGAAGCACAGUCUGACAUAUCCAAACAUGGCUAAGUUAGCGAAAAUAGCCUUAUGCAUGGAGAUUUCAAGCACAGAGUGUGAGCGCUCAUUCAGCACUCAAAACAGACUUAAGAGUAAAUUAAGGUCAUCACUCAAAGAGAUUUCACUUGAAUCACUGCUGAGGGUUAGCCUUUAUGGAGAGCCAGUCUCAGAGUAUGACCCUGUACCAGACACAAGACAGUGGUUGGUCAAGAAUCGCAGAAGGAAGCGUCUGAUGCAAGAUUAUAAACCAAGAGAGUCCAAAAAGCAAAAGAAAUGACUGACAUAUCUUGUAUUACAACUAUGAUAAUGCAGUAAACAUGGAAGCAUAAUAAAUGUUUUACUCUUUUCCAUACAUUGUAAGGAGUAAAAAUACUCCUGCCAAAUUUCAGAUUUCAAGUUUUACUCAUUCACAAAAAAAUCAAUGAGUAAAUACUCAUUGCCCUAAAAAAUUAUCUGGAGCCCUG